UUAAGUUUCGUUUUGCCAGAAAACGAGAGAAACAAUAAGAGGUGUGUUGUUGGGGUUGGACACCAGCAGCCUUUAUAAACAGCAGAAAUAAUUCACCAUCAUUCAUUUCUUUGGCGAACUUGACGACAGCAGAACUGAUGCGACUCUUCACAGAUAUGCCUGAGGUAACUUUACCUUUUCCUUUUCUUCAACCAAUGUGUAAUUAUAGUUAUUAGCAUUUUAUUCCGCAUCAGAGUGAAACAUAACCCACAUACAGGGUCAUUAUUGGAGGAAAAUGCAUUCCACAAUAGACAACAUCAAGAGGAAACUAUUCAACGCAAGAUAAAUUAUGAAGAAUAUUUUAAUUCCUCAACAAACAAACAAAAAAUACUGGAAUUGUAUUUUUUAAUAGAUUAGAAUUCAUAAUUUCAGUUUUUUCUGUACUUUUCGUUCAAAUUCUUGAGCUUUUUUCUUGUAGAUUUUACUUUAAAUUUUAACUUUUACUUUCUUCUCUAUUUUAUUUUCUAGGAAUAUCACCCCCCUACCAGAUCCGUAUUUAUUAUUAUGUUUACUUACUCCAUCGAAGGCUAAUUGAUGUAGUUAUUUUGUAUAAAGUCUAUUUAUACAUAUAUAUUUUUAGCCAGUCUGGAUCCAUUUCCUGGUUUAGUGUUAGCAGAUUGAUAAGCUUCAAUAGCCACCAGAAAGGGAUAGGAACUUUUCCAGUAUCAUCAAAUCAUUAUACUGGUAUUUCCAGUUCAGAGUGAGCAUAGACAGCCGCUGAUAGGCUCCCAGUCCUCCAACUGGGAGUAAACUGGGUCGCAGACGGAUCACAGGUCAAAUUUAGGUCGCUUUAGUUUUCCUUGUGGGUCACUAGUGCUCGAGUUAGUUGGAGCUGCAGUGAAGCAAAGAUCAUCAGUUUUAUUUUCCCGAAGCUCCAUAAACCUGUUUUGUGAAUAGAUGUUUACAUAUCUUACUCAUAUGAACAAACUUAUGAUCAGGAAACAUUAACUUCUUGUUCUAAUGUUGUCAGUCUGUGUAAUAAAAUACUAUAAAUCAGUUAACACCUUUGCAUCUGUAAUCUGUGUCCUGACUAUAAAUGUCUGAGCCACGCCCCUGGUUUUCAUACGGUCAAACAAACAGAGAAGUAAAUACACAUGAGUAAACUACAAAUGCAGAAAUUAACAAACUAAACCGACUUAACUGACCUAACAAAGGGCGGCUGUGGCUCAGGUGGUAGAGCGGGUCGUCCUCUAAUCAGAAGAAGAUUGUGGUCCAUCGGUGUGUGUGAGUGUGUGUAAAUGAUCAGUUAAGAUUCUGUUGGUCAGUUGGCUCCUUUCAUGGCAGCCUCUGCCUCCAGUUUGAAUGUGUGUGUGUGUGUGUGUGUGUGUGUGUGUGUGUGUGUGUGUGUGUGUGUGUGUGUGUGUGAGUGAGAAAGGGGUGAACGUUGGUAUGUAGUGUAAAGCACUUUGAGUGGUCAGAAGACUAGAAAGGAGUUGUAUAAAUGCAUGUGCAUUUACAGAUCUGACCCAAUGAGCUGAGGUCAGAAGGGGAGAACAUAUAUGACGGGUGUUCAGACCACAACACAGAUGUAACAAAGACAAUCAACUCAAUAAAACAGGAGAAUAUGUCUAUUAAUAUACUGUAAAUAUUUUAACAAUUAACCAAAACAUAAAUCACCAACAAAACUAAUGUACUUUAAAUAUAUAAACAAAAUCGCUAAGCCAUUAAUCCCAAUCCCCCCAUGACAUGGCGUACACUUGAUACACUUCAAUUGGCCACUUCCUGUAUUUAAAGGCUCCCCUGUAGGGGGCGCAUAUUUUGCUCCAGUCUGCCAAUGUUUCCAGCAACAGCACCCUCAGCACUGGUAACUCAAAGAAAUUUAGAACGACCUAAGUCACCAAAGUUAUCUAAAAACAAACUUAAGUGUUGCUGUUAAGAAGUUCACAUGUGCACUACAGUACUAAAUGAGUAUUAUGUAUGUAUAGAGUCAUUGUGUAUCGAACAAAAGCUAUGUAUCAUCUGUUUGCUGAUUUGGGUGCAAUAUGUAUGAGGUCAACAGGCAAACAAAACUCAAUGAGGGAUAAAUUAUUUAUUAGGCUACGCGUAAACUAUUGAAAAAUAAAUAGUGUGCAGGAAUGUUACUGACAUGUAAAUCAACUGUGUGGCAGCAGGUGCAGCCGUGAGAUGAAAUUGUUCUGCAAUGUAAUGAACUGUACUCUGACUCUCUUACAGCAUCCAAGCCUGACAGGAUGAGUUCUAAGACCAAGAAAAGAACUGGAACGUCCUUUGGGGCCACAGCCCCGCCCUUCAUUGACUACCUGCAAGAUAUUCUCCGUCGAUAUCCAGACGGUGGACAAAUUUUGAAGGAGCUGAUCCAAAAUGCAGAUGAUGCUAAAGCCACAGAAGUGGUUUUCAUCCAUGAUGAGAGAAGCUAUGGAACUGAGAGCCUUUGGACCAAUGAAUUGGGAGAAUACCAAGGUCCUGCUCUCUACGCCUACAACAAUGCAGCGUUCACUGAGGAUGACUGGAAAGGAAUUCAGAUGGCAGGGCGGAGUGUCAAGCGCAAUGACCCAAACAAAGUGGGGAGGUUUGGAAUCGGCUUCAACUCUAUCUACCACAUCACAGAUGUGCCAAGUAUAUUCAGUUCAGAGCACCUUGGCAUGAUGGACCCCCAAGAAAAAAUAUUUGGACAAAGGAACGGGGGUUUUCUGUGGUCUUUGUAUGAUACAGAACACCAGGAAGCUCUAACUACUAUGCACGAUCAGUUCCAACCCUUUCGAGAUAUAGUUUCACUCGUAAGCAAGCAACAAGAAUGGUCAAAAGUCAUCAUGGAGGAUCAGCACUUUGACGGGACAAUUUUCAGGUUCCCCUUGCGCAAUAAGGCAUCAGAUAUUUCAGAUAAUCUAUAUGACUCUAACAAGGUGGUUGAGCUUUUUGAUAGCUUCAUUGCGGACGCAGACUUGAGCCUUCUGUUCCUGAAAAAUGUGACAUCUGUGUCCUUGAUACAUAUCAAUGUACAUGGCAAAGUUAACACCAGACUUGAAGUGAUCUCUUCAGUUUCCACAGAUGUCAUUCUGGAGUCAGGAGACAACUCAAUCACCGAGGGUUCAACAAGGUUCAAAAUGAUAACCCUCAAAUCAGAGGACCAAAAAGAAACAAAGUGGCUUUUGACAACAUGUACCAUGAAAGAAGGCAAUGUAGAAAAUCUUGAUUCACUUGCAAAAAAGUUGAGCUUUUUCCCUCAAGUUGACUUGGCAUUCCCUUGUGGUGAGAAGAGAGACUGCAGUGAGAGUAGACUGAGCUGCUUUCUUCCUCUCCCAAACAAUGAAUCCAACAAGACAGGACUCCCAGUAUAUAUCAACGCAUGCUUUGGCCUCACAGACAACAGAAGACACAUCAAGUGGCAAGAGGAGGACCAGAAACAUGACGAACAUGCUGUGUGGAAUGAAUUGCUGAUGAAGGAGGUGCUCCCACAGGCAUACCUCAUGAUCAUUCAAGAUGCCAUCAGACUUGCCCAAGAAUCUAUUCUGCCCGUCUCUUCAGUGUACGAUCUGUGGCCAGAUAUCGCCCAGAUAAAGCACAAAGAAAAAUGGUAUGCCGUUGCUCUGGUUGUUUUUGAUCACUUAUUCAGACAGAACAUGGCUGUCCUCUCUCUUGCCAAAGAUGAAAGAGAAUUCAUCACUCCAUCAGAAGCCGUGUUCCCCUGUAAUGGUCCAACAAGCCCUGACAUAUUGGCCGCCAUUAAAAGAACUCUGGUUUCAUGUGGAGAAAAUCUUGUCACUCUACCAGGUAGUGUUGCAAGAGCUAUAAAGGAGGCCUAUCCACACUUCAACACCCUUAAACAUGUGACUCCAACUUUCCUUAGGGACAUUCUCCGUAGGAUUAGUGUGGACAUCAUCUCUAAAGACGACAAACUCUGUCUUUUGGAAUAUGUCUUAAGUGAUGGAAAAUACAGAGAACUCAAUGGUCUUCAGCUACUUCCACUCAACGAUGGCUCUUUCAGAUCUUUCUCAAACAGAGACGAGGACACUGCUUUAAUUGACAGCAAGGAAUUUCCAAGAGUCUUGCUACCAUGCUGCAAACACCUCUUCAUCCCAGAUGAUCUCAAUCCAGCCUGCAGUACCCACCUGGAAGAACUGGCCAGAAAAAAUUUAUUCAAGGUCAUCAACAUUAAAGCAGACCAUGUGGCCGAGUUUACAAGGAGGUAUUUGCCACAGGACUGGAAGCAGAUGAUGACGGGGCUUGUUACCUGGGACACCAGCAGCAGCCAACAUCCACCUUUGGACUGGCUCCAAGAGUUCUGGAAAUUUCUCAACACUCACUUCAAAGAGUUAAGUAGUUUCACUGGAAUGCCAUUAAUACCAGUCAGUCCCCUGUCUGUCAGUCAGCCUGUAUCACUAGCAAGACUAAAGCAAAACACAACCCUCAUUUUUCAGAAAAGCAAACAGAUGAACUUGCCAGAACAAAUAGCUCAGUUGGUUAACAAAGUCGGUGGCACAGUGGUGAGAGGAAACGAUUGGCUCACACACAAAGACCUAGACUCGUAUGUGCUGGGCCCAUCUCCAAGGAGUGUCAUGAAAGUCUUGGCAAAUUUAGAUUCCCAAGAUCUCAUCAGAAAAUUCAGUAAAGCCUCUUACAAAGCACGAGAAGAACUGAAAGAAUAUCUCUCUCAUCUGGAUUCACGUAUGGAUUCUCUCUCAACCUCUGAGUUAGAUUUACUCUCAAAGUUGCCUCUGUUUCAGACCAUGAGUGGUUCCUGUGUUGAGGCUCAAUCAAAACAGGCUGUGCUUCUUAUGUCUGGUCUAACAGUACCAGCAGAUUUCCCUAUGCCUGAUUCCGUUGUACAGUGUGCAACUGAGGCUGAUCGCAGACUGUUAAAGCUGCUCAAAGUUAAUCUCUUGGACACCGCUGAAGCAACCAAUCUCCUCAUUGAUUGUAUCGAGAGGAAGGCUUGCAGAAAAGAAGACACUGAGAAAAUCAUGACUUGGAUUUUACAACAUGGUGAUAUCCUUUUCUCUCAAAAUCAGACCUUGAAACGCAGAUGUAAGGACUUGGGCUUCAUGGAAGUGAAUGGAAAGCUGAGAAAGACCUCAAGCUUUUUUGAUCCAAGAAUUGAAAACUUUAAAGUCAUUUUUGAGUCAGAUUUCUUCCCUCCACCUUUAUACACUGAAACAUCACAGAUGCUUAAAAGCCUAACAGAUCUCGGAUUGCUAUAUAAAGAAUCAGAUGUGUCACCUGAGCACUUGCUUCAAGCCGCCACACUGAUUGAUAGGCUUCAUGCUGAUUCUCAAACUGAAGCUCUCAAUAGAGCUCAGGUGCUCUUGAAGAUGUUGGAUACUAAUGAUCUACUCUCAAAGUUUUCUCCUGACCAGCUUCAUCGCCUCAAGAUGCUAAAAUGGAUCCCAUGUCCUAAGCCUGGUAAUGAAAAAAAACACAACAAUGACACAUAUCAGACAAGUUGUUUCUUCUGCCCGGAUGAAAUAAGACACUCUGUGUACAAAGACAUUGUUGGGCAUGUGAUGCCUCUGGUGGAAAAGUUCAGUGACAGAGUUAGCACCAAACUUGGUCUGAAACGCCUGCCCACACCUGAGAAAGUGUUUGAGAAUUUGUCAGUCUUGACAUCAAUGGCUGAUCCUGACACAAAUGUGGAUUUCAUAAAGGAGUUGCAUAGCAUUUACAAACACAUGCAAGACCACAUCUCUGACUUUUCAACAAUGAUGAACAAAGACACACCCUGGCUGUGGAGCCACAACCAGUUUGUAGCACUUCAGGAUCUGGUUCUAGACUACCCACCCAACCUUGAUCUGAGCUCUUACAUUGGGAAGGUGCCAAAUGAAUUUCGGCCAUACAAGAACUUGUUCCGGGAGUUUGGCCUGAGAAUGUUGCUUUCAGAUGAAGAAAUUAUUGGUAUUCUUAAUUCCAUCCAGCAAACCAUUGAAGAAAGGCAACAGCCAUUUGCAAAUUCCUCUGAGGUAAAAGUGUCGAUAGAAAUUCUUAACUGGCUGUGGAGAGAGAAGAAGACAGUUCAGGAUGACAUCCCAGUGCCAGUCCUCAUAGAGGGUGAUCAACAUACCCUAAAACCACUGUCCACCGCAGUCUUCUGUGAUGUCAGCAAAAAUGGGUUGAAAGAGCUUCAGUACAGCCAGGAGGACAUUCAUGUUUUGCAUGAACAAAUCCCAAAAGCAGCUGCUGAAUGGUUUAACAUCCGAUUUCUCAGUACUCACAUCCUGGAUCCAGAGUUAGUGGGAAUAGAACAGUGUGGGCAAUCUGAACCGAUAACAAUAAGGAUUAAAAACAUUCUUAAAGAAUAUGAUGAAGAAAGUGACAUCUUUAAAGAGCUCAUUCAAAAUGCAGAGGAUGCUGGGGCAGAAGCCUGCAAAUUCUUGGUGGAUUUCAGAGUACACAAAGAUAGCCCUGAAAGUCUCAUUGACCCUGACAUGACUCUUUGUCAAGGACCUUGCCUUUGGGCAUUUAAUGAUGAGCAGUUCACAGCUGAGGAUUGGAAAAAUAUUGUCAGAGUUGGUGCUGCCUCCAAGGAAAACAAGGUGGAAAAAAUUGGAAAGUUUGGACUUGGAUUCAAUACUGUGUAUCAUGUGACAGAUAUUCCUUCUAUCCUAAGUGGCAACAGUCUUCUCAUACUUGAUCCAAAUGUGACUCACCUCAAGAAGCACAUCAAACAGAAUACAAAUCCUGGAAUCAAGCUGGAUCUCUCUCAGAAACGACUUUUUCAUUGCUUUCCUGGUCAGUUUGGACCAUAUGAACGCAUUUUUGGAUGUCAUUUCAGCAGACAAAGUCCCUCUGAGCCCUAUCCAGGCACUCUGAUCAGACUACCUUUCCGAACUGAAGAAGAGGCUGUCAAGUCAGAAAUAAGUUCAAAGGUGUAUCACAAACACAAUAUCAUCACUUUUCAACAGCACUUAACUAACAAUUCACAAACACACCUGCUGUUUUUGAAGAACAUCAAUACAUUAUCUCUACAACGUAUCUUGAACAAUGUAUCAACUCCUCCAAGAGAUAACGAAAUAGAAGCCGUCCUCACUGUCUCCAAAACCACAGUGAGUACAAUGAGGAUUCCUGAUGGAACCAAUAUGUCCAAGCAACAUGAAGCAGAGAAAUCAUUGAUGAAACUUGAUGGAAAAUGCAAAGAAGUCAUUGACUGCGGCACAGUCAACAUUGUCCAAAUAACCAGUCAGCAAUCUGGUGUAACUGAAGUCCAGUCCUGGCUCCUGUACAACUGCUUUGGGACACAUCAGUCCUUGCAAAUGGCCCUUCAAAAAAACAAGCAAGCAAGGUUCUCUUUACCCAUCGGGGGCAUUGCUGUGCCUUUGCAAAAUGAUCCAGAAACUGGGAAACUGACCUCAUUACAAACAGAUCUUGUUGGACAGGCAUUUUGCUUCCUUCCUCUUUCCAUUCACACAGGUCUUCCAGUCAAUGUAAAUGGAACAUUUGCUGUGACAAGUAACCGAAAAGGUCUGUGGGAGAGUGGGGUAAAACAUGACUGGAACAAAGCCCUUCUUCAAGAUCCAGUAGUGACGGCAUAUGUUACUGCACUUUUGACACUAAAGAGUAUGUCUGAAAACAAGCAACUACAACCUUACUUGUAUCACACAUUUUGGCCUGAUAGAGAGAAAGUCAGUGAAACUUUCAAGCCUUUGGUUGAUGCAUUGUACUCCAUCAUUGCUCAGCACUCCAUUGGCCUAGAGCUCUUUAGUGAUGGAGAACAUUGGUGCUCAAUUGACAAUGCAAUAUUUCUACAUGAGAGCAUCGAAGAGGAUAAGGACAUAAGUGCACUUGUAGUGCAGGUAUGCAAGAAACAUGUAAAAGCACCCAAACAUGUUGUUCCUCUUCCACUGUGGUUGAGAAAUGGCUUCAAACAGUCCGGCCUCGAGACGGUUCUACAGGAGAGAACAUGGAACUGGGACAAGUUUUACCAAGAAGUGGUGUUUAACAACCUUGGUACCAUGGAUCCGAAGAGUAGAGAUACUCUUGUGCUGCAUGCUAUUGACCUAAACAACCAAGAAAUUGACAAACUACUGGACUGCUAUCCGUGCAUCCCCACAAAAGGUGGACAGCUCCAGCUUAUCAGGAAACUUGUGAAUCCUUCAGGAAGAGUCGCCUGUCUUUUUGAAACAGAAGAGGGACGCUUGCUUGGUGGUACCAAAAAUGACUUUUGCUCCCCCAAAAGGAUUCAACGCUUGUUAGAACUUGGAAUGGCAAGUUAUGAUCUCCCACUGGAAGACAUCACAGAGAAAGCAGGCACAAUCCCCCAAACCUGGAGCAUAGACAAAAAGAAGGCAUAUGUGCAUUUGAAUUGCCUUCUUGAACUUAUGAAGAGUCACAUGUAUGAUGAAGACUCUCACCACUGGGAAACACUAAGGAUGACUGAAUUUCUCCCAGCAUUUUCCCCGGUGACACAAAAAUGGAAGGAAAUGUUACAUUUCAAAAGCCCACUGAUGUUUUUAUUGGCACAUGCUCCCCACUCGUAAACAUGACACAACAUGUUCUUGAUCAUAACAAUCUGAAAAUACACAGUGCUGAUCCAGUCCUACACAUUUUGAGAGUUCAUGACAGCCCAGA